AUGGAGUCAUGGAGCAGUCUCUUGAACAACCUCGAGUCCGACGAGAUUGAAAGCAUCUUCCUGUCCACCUGUGACCGUCGCCUGAACCACGCCUCCGAAACUACGGACCCGCCUUCUGAACUCCCGAGACACGACAGCGCCAUCUCUGGUGUUCCUGCAGAAAAAGACACGAGUACCAAGCUUUUGCGACCACGCUCAGAUGAGGCCUCCUCUUCACAUACAGACGCUACAAUCGCGUGUAGCAAUGAGCAGCCAUCUCAAAAUGACUUUGACAAUGCCGUCUGGGUCAGCAUGAAGCAGAAUGGUAUCACGCAAUACUGGGUCCCUCGCUACACCUCUUCUUCCCACAACAACACCGCAGAAAGUGCCAGGAUACUGCAAACGCCCGGUCUAAAAGCAACGGCGAACCCUCAUAACACCCACAAAGGAUGUACAGCGGUCGAUUUGUCUGCAGGAAAUGGGUCUUUCGCUUUCAGCUACGCAGCAGCUGGAGUCCAGAAAGUGCUUUGCUGGGACGCGAAUCCAUGGAGCAUAGAAGGCUUGAGAAGAGGCGCGGUGAGGAAUAAAUGGAACAUCCAAGUUCAUCAUGGAGAUCAGACCGAGGGCAAGGCCGUAAAGGUCCAUUCAAGAACUAGGCUAGUCGCAUUCGUCGAAUCCGGCGACAAAGCUGCGGCCAGGAUCCACGACCUGAGACGCUCGCUACCUCCAGUCAGACACGUGCAAUGUGGAGUUCUUCCCGCAUCUGGCAAUUUUCUCGCGACGGCUGCGGCAGCUCUGGAUCCAAGACUUGGAGGAUGGAUUCACGUACACCAGACCUUCCGCAUGGAAGAGGUGUUUUGUGGAGCCAAUAAAACCAGAGCAGAUGUCGAGACUAUUGUCGAAAGGCUGGACAGGAAAAGAGGAUACUUGACCGAUGUCGAAGGCACCCCAAGGAAACCAGUAAUGCAACACGUCCAGCGUGUAGGGUCGUACUGUCCAGGUACAUUCCACUGUGUAGUAGAUAUCCACAUCCCUCCAAUUCGAAUAUGA